AUGCUGGGACUCGAUGCGCUCGCCGCUAGACCGCUCUCGGCAGUCCCCCUAAUUCAACCAAGAAGCCGCCCCUCCCACUGCAACGGUGACGGCUGCUGCACCGAGACGGCUGCACCUGCCCCUGCCACUACCACUACUCCCACCGCUGCUACUGCCACGGCCGCUGCCACGGCCGUCGCUGCUGCUGCUCCUACAACCACGGCAGCACCUGCACCUGCUGCUGCUGCUCCUGCCUCAAGCUCGAGCCCAAACCUCGUCACACGGGCGCUCAUCACCAACGGCCCCAGCUGCCGCGCCAGGUCCCAGUCCAGGUCCCGGUCCAGGUCCCGGUCUAGGUCUUUGUCCAGGUCUCCGUCUUGCUCCUGUUCCUCCUCCUCCUGUUGCUGCUGCUGUCCAACUUCUUUUUUUCAUCACCCACAAACACGCCCAUCCCCGACACCGACACCGACGCCGACACCGACACUAACCUCUCAACUCCUUUCAACGUGCGAUUCGGACCCAUCCACUCGUGAGACUCUGCCAACCGCCCACCACCCGCUCCAGCAAUCCGAGGUUUCCCAUUUUGGCGACACCCCCACAAAACCUGCAGAACCCCCAACACCCAUUAGAGGCACAGUCGGAGCCGGAGUCAAAGCCAGAGGCACAGGCACAGGCACGAGCACGGGCACGAGUACAGGCACAGCACUACCUGAACCCGCCGGCCGCUCCUUUUCGGGCGACGCCUACUGGUACCACCCUCACCACCACCUCGCCGCCCACGACCAACUGGAGCGACGAUCUCUCUUCCCGCUCGCCCUUGCAGCUGCGUCCCAUCUCGCUUCCGCGCGACGCCAGCGGCCCUUCCUCCUAUCACUGCCAUCCGAGGAUCUGGCUCAUUCAACCCACCCCGACGCACCACCCCCCAUCACCGCCGCAGCAUCCCUCGAGACUUUGCCCCCCGUGCACCCCGGCGCUUCCACCUUGCCGUCGCCUCCCGCACCCACCGCUCCUGUCCACCGCCGCUUCGAGUCUACACGCGGUGCCGCCUACAUCCCCCACGAACCCUUUGUUCAAUCGCCCUUCCUCAGCAAGGCCUCUGCCACGCCUCGCCGCCUUCGUCGUCUGUCCGGCGCCGCCCGCCUAUGGAACCCGACAAACUCGACACCGCGACGUCCCACUGAAAACAAGCAGAGGCGACGGCGACCCUCGACGCCGCCCCCUGCCAACGUCCCGCUAUCCCAUCCCGCUCUCGACAACUCGACCGAUCCUGCCGACCCCGUCAGCACCGGUGCAGGCCACUAUCCCCUGCUCACACUACCCGAACUCCGACAAUCCCGUCGUUCCGGCUCUGGUCGCGGCAGUCUCCAAUUUGACCACCGCGGCAACAGCGAUCACCGUAUCAGCCUGCCCCGGUCCGUGCGCCAUUCGUACGACGAAAAGAGAGGAGCAACGAGCUCCAACCCUUCGCCAGUCGAUCCCGAGCAGGCAUCGCCCGGCUCCCUCCAACCCCAAGACGUCGACAAGGGCAAAGGAAAGGCCAUCAUGACACCGCAACCAGACGAACAGCAGAGGGGCUACUCGAGGGACCUCGAGCGGGGCCCCGACAUUAUGGACCCUCGCCGCCACUCCAAUCUCUCGGCCGGCGAUGGUAUCGGGUCUGCCAUGUCCUCGGACUCGUCCAUCAUGGGCGAGGAGGUCGGCGACAUGGGCGAAGAAUGGGGCCCGCAGCACCCAUGCUAUCCCCAUCUCAACCCACACGUACCUGUUGACUCUGCCGAAUACCAAAACACGCGUAUCAUCCGCGUUCGCAGGGACUGGCUCAUCGAGGGCGACCUCGCGCCGACAUUUUCCAAUCUCUACCCGGAAAUCCUGGAUCCAGCUGGCUUGUCGGAGCAGGAGUUUCGCCGCGUCAUUGAAAAGCUCAACGGCGAGCUGAUUCCCAUCUUUAACCCCUACGACUGGAGGAAUAUCGUCGACAGCAUGCUCGGACUCGUCACAGGCUGGCUGUGGGAUGACUUUGGCCUGACGGGGGUCAAGGCACGCCUCACGAGGCUGGAGAACUGGAUGGACCAGUGGAACAAGGAAAUCGAGAAGACGGCCGGAGCGUACGAGGGGGCUUCGGCCCCCAAGCUCAUUCCCCUGCGACGGACGGGCUACAUGACUCUGGACAUACAAAUAUCAGACCCCGAGGUCGCCGCGGCACCCAGCACCCCCGGCGCCUCGGCGACUGGCGUGAUGCCCAUGGAGCCACCAACAGCCGUGACGGCGUGA